AUGGAGUCCCCUCAUUUCAAACUUCUCGAUCUCUUAACCACCUACACUCCAGCUCAGGACAGCGUGUUACGCCAUCUCGACAUUGGGGAUAUCAUCGCACUCUCGCGCACCACAAAGGCGUUCAGUGAUUAUGUGGGCCUGGUCGAACGAACACAGUUUAACAUCAACGAAAAGCUGAAAUUGUUUGUGAGAGAUCCAAACGCGUUUCGCUCGCUACAGGCGAAGCACAACAUACUUAUUAGCGGAUCUUUUGCGCUCAGCUUCAUGCUGAGAAGGCCACUCAGCUUCAGCCUGUUCGAUGGGCCUACAAAUAUGCUAUACAGGCUCUUAGUGGAGAAGGGCCCGCAUGCCGAGGCUCUGAGAUCGUUUCUUGAAAACGAGGGUUACAGGGUCAUCGGAAACCCCAUCACAGACCACCCAGUAUUUGAACGUGACACCGACGAAGGCCGUCAAACCGUGUACAUUCACGAGACGGAAUAUACUCCCCUCUCCAAGAUCAAGACUUCGGACGUGACGUGUGACGUCAACUUCAUCACCUGGAAUAAAGCAUACUCUGUGUUUCCAUAA